CACACAGCCUGCCGGGCAGCGAACGCUCGGAGAAAGGGUGAGAGAAUCAGACAGAUCGGUCAAAGGGUGAAGAUCAAUACAAGCCAUGGACAGCAAAUAGCCGUCGACUGCAUUUUCACAUGCUUGGAGCUAUAAAUGAUUGACAGCUGUCUAGUCUUUGUUUCGGGCUCUUUUGGUUGGCUUUUUCUUGGAUGCUGGAGGAUUGAUAGGGCUGGAGAUACGCGGGCGUCUGCUGUCAGGAGUUGAGAGGUCCAAAUAUUGGUCACGGACGAAACAUUUGUGACCUCCCCAGGAUUAGGUCGUCAGCGCGACUGACAGGAGACGCGUCGAGUGGUGAGAGCGGCCAAUCAGAGGGGGAGAGAUGUUGAGGCAGGGCGGGCGUGCGGCCUUGGCCUUAAUGUCGUUACAGCUGCUGCUAUGGCACGAGAGUGCGACAAUCGAAGUCCCGCAAGACCCAAAGAUCCUGGCAGAACUGAAACAGCCCCCGACUAUAACCAAGCAGUCAGUGAAGGACUACAUUGUGGACCCCAGAGAUAACAUCAUCAUCGAGUGCGAGGCCAAGGGCAACCCGGUGCCAAUGUUCUCAUGGCGAAGGAACGGGAAGUUUUUCAACAUCGGGAAAGAUCCCCGUGUGACAAUGCGGAAACGCUCGGGAACCCUGGAAAUCGGUUUCCGUAACGGAGGACGUCCGGAGGAUUAUGAAGGAGAGUACCAGUGUUUUGCCAGCAAUGAACACGGAGUGGCGCUAUCCAAUAAAAUUCUACUGCGGGUCUCCAAGGCUCCCCUGUGGCCUAAGGAGGUGCUGGACCCGGUGGUGGUGACUGAAGGCAUGGCUUUGGUGCUCCCCUGCAACCCCCCUCCAGGCCUCCCUCCCCCAUUCACUUUCUGGAUGAAUAGCAUGAUGAGUCCGAUCCCCCAGGAUAAGCGAGUGUCAAAGGGGUUAAACGGAGACUUGUAUUUCUCCAACGUGGUGGCCCACGAUGCUAACGACGACUACAGCUGCAACGCUCGCUUUCCCUUCACCCACACCAUCCAGCAGAAGAACCCCUUCACGCUCAAAAUUCUUACCAACGAGCCGUAUAACGACACCUUUUACAAUGCCAGUGACCCCUACGGUGGCCGUAAAGUAUCCGAGUCGACACCGACCUUCCUCUCACCGUUGGGGACUGAGAGCUCCAAAAUGGUGCUGAGAGACGAGCAACUACUGCUGGAGUGUAUUGCUGCAGGACUACCGACACCCACGAUCAAAUGGUUUAAAAAAGGGGGCGACUUGCCAGGACGGAAAGUGAAAUUUGAGAAUUACAACAAGACCCUGAAAGUGAUCAACGUGUCGGAGGAGGAUGCCGGGGAGUAUGUAUGCAUGGCCAACAAUCACUUAGGCAGCAUACGCCACUCCAUUUUUGUUCAAGUCAAAGCGGCUCCUUACUGGCUGGACAAACCGACAAACCUGGUACUCGCCCCAGAAGAGAAUGGGCGUCUGGUGUGUCGGGCAAACGGCAACCCUAAACCCAGCAUUCAGUGGCUGAUCAAUGGCCAACCCAUCAACAGCUCUCUGCCCAAUCCUAGUCAACAAAUGAUGGGUGACACCAUCAUCUUCCGCUCGGUGCAGAUGGGAAGCAGUGCCGUGUACCAGUGCAAUGCUUCCAACCAACACGGUUAUCUGCUGGCCAAUGCCUUCGUCAGUGUCCUUGAUAUGCCUCCACGGAUGCUCGGCCCUAAAAACCAACUGAUCAAAGUUAUCGAGAACAACCGCACCUUUCUCGACUGUCCAUUCUUUGGUUCUCCUUUGCCCGACUUACGCUGGUUUAAGAACGGACAGGGCAGCGGCCUGGAUGGCGGUCUGUACCGCGUGUACCUGAAUGGAACCCUGGAGAUCAAGCGGGCCCGAGUUGAGGACGAAGGAACCUACACCUGUUUGGCUAACAACAUUUUGGGCAUGGCCGAAAACCAGGUUCGCCUGGAGGUCAAAGAGCCGACCCGCAUCAUCGGUGCUCCCGAGCAUCAGUCCGCCAUCAGAGGUUCGACAGUUCGCUUCGAGUGCAAAGUGAAGUCUGACGCCAGCCUGCCCGUCUCUGUGGUCUGGACAAAGGAUGACAAACCUCUCCAUCAGGGAUGGAGGCUGAAGAAGGAUGGCGAAUCGUUGACCAUCUCCAACAUCAACGAGGGCGAUGAGGGAACGUACACGUGUGAUGUCAAAUCAGAGAUUGAUCAGGACUCGGCGUCGGCCCGUCUCGUUGUUUUAGGCCGCCCAGACCCUCCAAUGGAUCUCGAUUUGUCAGAUCCGGCAGCCUGCAGUGUUCGCCUCACCUGGAUCCCUGGAAACGACCACAGGAGCCCUAUUACAGAGUUUUUGGUCCAGUUCGAGGAGAACCACUGGGAGCCAGGCAGAUGGCAAGACUUGGCCACCUACCCCGGGGAUCUCAACUCCGUCAUUCUGCAACUCGCUCCCUUUGUCAACUACCAGUUUAGAGUCAUUGCCGUUAACACGGUGGGGCGGAGUGAGCCAAGCUACCCCUCACCACGAUACAAAACCAGCAGCGCUGCUCCAGAUGUCAUUCCUAGAGGCCUCCGAGGCUGGGGCUCUGACAAAAACAACAUGGAGAUCACUUGGGAGCCUCUGCUUGAUCUGGAGAAAAACGGCCCUAACCUGCAUUACAUUGUGUGGUGGAGGCGGAAGGACUCGGAUGCGGAAUGGGAUAACGUGACCACAAUCGGAACCAAAGUUGUUGUCCACAACACAAAAACCUACGUGCCCUAUGAGAUUAAAAUCCAGGCCACAAACGAUAUCGGACCAGGACCAGAGUCUAAUGUGGUCAUUGGAUACUCAGGAGAAGACAGACCCACCAACGCCCCGACUGAGUUGCGCAUUUCAAAGGUGGACAGUACCAAAGGACACAUCCACUGGAAGCCUGUGGACCCGGUCUCUGUCCAAGGAGAGUUAAAGGAGUACAAAUUGUACUACUCCCGGGAGUCCAGUCAUGCUCCAGGUCUGCUGGUCAGGAAGGAGAACAAGACCAAAGGCUUCUACACGACCAUGGCCGAGCCGUCCGUCAUCCUCAGUGGCCUUGUUCCCUUUUCGCGAUACAAGAUGUUCAUGGUCGUCGCUAAUACUCGUUACGAGGGGCCGUCCAGCAACGUCGUAGAAUUCAGCACCAAGGAGGGGGUUCCAGAUGCUCCUCGGUUCUUCCGAAUCAAUCGAAGGGGCUUUGACACCAUCCACCUCCAAUGGGACAAACCGCUGGAACCAAACGGCAUUGUGAUAGGAUACCGGCUCAAGUACCAUACAGUCAAUGGAUCCAGAGAAGGUCGUCCCCAGAUGGAGACGUUCCCCCCGAACGUGACGGAGUACACAAUGCGCUUGCCUGACCGAUCCACUCGCUACAACUUCUACCUGUCGGCGCUCACACAGGUGGGAGCAGGGGAGGUGUUUGCGGAGGAGUCCCCCUUCUUUGCCAAUGAGGAAAACUUUACUGAUGCUACAGGUCUAGUUGAUCUUACGGAUGCCUCUUUGUCUUCAGCUUUUACUGUUACUUCCACUCCUCUUGCUGCUCUUCCUCCUACUACUGCUGCUCCUACAACCGAUAGUACCUCAACCACCGCAGCCCCUACUCCUAUCCCUAGCACUAUUACCGCUGCAACUACUACAGCAACAACUACAGCCUCAACAACUACCAUGGCUACAACCGAGGCGCCCACUACCACCCCACCUCCCGUGCUGACCAUCAACAAGAAUAUUGAUAAGAAUGUGUUGGCGGCCCCUGGGAGAGAGAUCUGGAAUGUGACGGUGGAGCGUAACAGUAACUACGUUAAUGUCAGCUGGAGACACAACUUCCCGCCCGGCAGCAGCAAGUUUGUGCUAGAGAUCACACUGGACAGCGACAAGACAAUAAUUGAAAAAGUGGCACAACAGCCCCCCAUUACGGUGGCAGAUUUGAUGGCAGGCGCCAUGUACCACCUGAGGGUUUACUCCCAUGAACACAGCAGCGUCAGCAGCAACACUGUCACCUUUAAUACCAAAGCAGCUUACAUCGACCAGGUAGACAUCGCCACUCAGGGCUGGUUCAUCGGCUUGAUGUGCGCCAUCGCCCUUAUCAUCCUCAUCCUCCUUAUAGUCUGCUUCAUCAAAAGGAGCCGUGGAGGCAAAUAUCCAGUUCGGGAUAAAAAAGAACUUCCUUUGGACUCUGUUGAUCAGAAAGACCCGGAUGGAUCCUUUGAUUACCAGAGCGACGAGGACAACAAACCUCUGCAAGGCAGCCAAACAUCACUAGAGGGACACGUGAAAGAGAGCGAUGACAGCCUGGUGGACUACGGCGAAGGCGGCGACGGACAGUUUAACGAGGACGGCUCGUUCAUCGGACAGUACACGGUGAAGAAGGACAAAGACGAAACAGAAGGCAACGAGAGCUCGGAGGCCACCUCGCCCGUCAACGCCAUCUACUCCCUGGCAUAGUGCACACUUGGGAGAGCGUGUUCCGGCAAAGCAUGACACACCCAGAUGAAUACCGCAUCAUCAUACACGAGACGAACGGGGCCCGGCGACUGCAGUACAACGAAGAGACAAAGUAGCGCUCAUGCCUUUAUUUUCCAUUUCCAAAUGUAGGAAAAUGGCCCCGCGGCGAAGACAUUCGGACCAAGUGCUCAUCUUUCUUUGUGCUCAGCCUGCCAUCCCUUUAUCCGCACAGACUUCAAGUGUGCCUUCAGCGUUUGGAGGCAUGGAAAAAGCGCUCCGUAGACUUCUUCCCGUCUUAUUAUUCCCAGUGAGGUUCCACAACAUAUCAGCCUAUCACCAUCAAGAAUGCUAGCAGAUAUGUUUAUCAUAUUGAUAUGUGCACAAUGAAAGAUUUGAUUUUUUUCCACAGCUGGUAGAAGACUCAUGAACGCUGUACAAAGUCCUGGCACACAAUUUAGUGCCCCACGCCCCCCCCCCACCCCCCUAAAUCUAUGCACUACCACCACCCCCAUGCUGUUCCAUAAUGCUUAGUAAAAAGUACACGUCUUUUUUGUACCACUUGCAGGGUAUAUCACAUGCUUCUAUUCACUUUGCCUUUUACAUUGUGGUGGAAAUGCUUUUCUGACCUCUAAUCUGACGUUAUAGUGCGCAUUUCUAAGACAGCAUCCACAAGAAAAGCCAUAGAUGUCGUUCACAGCAAGUUGAAAAUGUAUCCAUUAGCAUGUUAUUUAAUGCAAGGAGACCUGGAAGAAACAGAGUGGAGUUGGCUUUGCUUGAGGAAUACCAGUAGACAACGUGAUUUGUCUUGUAAAGCAUGCAGUCAUGAUUAUUAGCUUUUGAUUUGCAUCAUACAUUUAACACAAUAAGCCCAUAAUCACACAUUAGAUGGUAAAAUAGAUAGUAUAUAUUAUACUCCUUUCCUACAUCUAUUUUCUUAAUGACAGCAGCGCCUCUUGGUUUGUAGCUAAUGUCAACAAUGAGGACGUUGACGUCUCAGCAUAGGGCAUCACUGCAGCAAGAUAAGACUUUUACGUUCAAAUUCCAUAUUGCUCCUUUUGGUUUUCAUUUUAUUAAUGGGGCCGCCCCAGAACACGCACCGUCAGCCCCUAUUUAGUGUAAUGAUACAGCUGCUGCCCUUUAAGGCAGAGAGUGUGGGGAUCGAUCCGGUUCCGGAGCUUCUGAGUAAGAGUUGUGUACGUACAGUUCGUACCCAUUUCAAUGUUGCUCUGUCUGUUUUGUUCUGUCGUAUUGCAAAAUACUGCACAUUUAUCAACUUUGCAAAUACAGUGGAACCUCGGUUUUUUGUGAUUAAUUCUGUGAUUAAUUGCAAAAGGUCAGACCAAUACGGAAAUGUAUGAAAACCGAGGUCAUUUUUCCCCGUAGGAAAUCAUCUCAAUCCAUUUAAUCCGUUCCAGACACCCAAAAAUAUUAAGAAAAAAAUUCAUUUUAUAGAGAAUUAUAGUUUUACAUGCAGAAAACAAUGCAAAAUUUAUUGUUCAUUCAAGUGUUUUAAAAAUUUUGAUCUUGACUGGAGUUGGCAACUGGAGUAUUUGAAAUUGAGUUGAUAUUUAUUUAUUGCUUUUAUGUGCAUAGUAUUAAUAUAUGAAUUCUUUGUUUAAUCAUUGUGAUAUAAAUAUUUUUGACCGAUUUAUUCCUGUCGUUUUACACGAGGAAGUCAGAAUUUCUUUUUUCCAAUUUAAUUCGGUAUGUAGCAGCCUGCCUUUCUGAACCAACCAACCAUGAAAUGUGUCUUUGUGUUCCAUGUGCUGUUAUUAUUCAUAUUUAUGUCCAACACACAGAAAACGACUAUUGUUGUACAUUUAUUUGGCAUAUAUUCUGUACAUUUGCUUCCAGGAUAUAUAAAAAAAAAAGCUCUCUUGUAAAUAUUUGACACGUCCCCCGUAAUGACAAUUCAUGUACCUUUGUAAUGUAACUUCUACUAACCUUUGCACUCUGGAAAAGUAAGAAAAACCACCGCCCAAUUCAUGUUAGCCUUUGCUUUGAUAUUGUAAUAUACCCUUGCAAGUCCAGCAGUGUCUUGUGUAUGGAUGCUUUUUAGUCUUAAAAAAAAAAAACAACAAGUCGACACAGUGCUAGAGGUACUGCCGCAAUGUACUCUUUAUACGACUUGACACCGGUUCUGUUUUGGAUUUUUCAUGGACACAAUUUGUAGGAUCUGCUCUCAUCAAGUUCCAUAAUAAUGUUUCACUUAGCUGAGGGUGAAGACUCUCGCUGAGGAUCAUCUUGUGAGGAGGUCCCGGCGUAGACCUGUAGGACACGCUGGACCUUUUCUCAGUCAUGUACCUCCGCCAAAACAGAGAAAAGCAUUUUGUUUGUCAAACACAGCGCUGUAGCAUCACUGUCUGAUUUAUUACUGUCCAAAACAGUCCUCAUCUGUACUGGUCUUGUUUGAAACAUUUGGAAAUAAAAAAAAAAAGAAUACGUCAGAAAUAACUUCAGUUGUAAACAUGAAAAUCAUUCAUUUUAUUAUAAAUAAAGCUUUGCGCGUAGAAAAUAUGAACUUAAAAGUGCCCUCUUUUGGAUUAUAAUAAAGAUUCAAUUAAUUGGUACACUUUUUAUAUUUUUAGUACUUUGUUUUUGUUAUAAUAAACCUAGCAUGACUUGCGUACUGUUCAUAUUCCACCCCUUCACUACCGGCCACUUUAGAUGAUGUGGAAUGAUCUUUUAAGGCACUUAGAAUAUUGCGUCGUAAGAUUAUAUAAACAUGGAAGCUACCAAUAAAAAGAUGAGAUGAAAACAGGGGUUUCUACCUUUUACGGUUCUUCUAUAUCAGCAGUAGAGCAUAGGUGAGUUUCGGGAAAAUAUCAGUUCCCAACUAGAAAAAAGAAGGGAGAAAAGCAGCUUUUUGUGAAAAGAUACAUUUCAAACAUAACUUUCACUUUGAGGCAAAUAUUGUUUGCUUUUGUGACAGCUCAAAUAUCAAAACACAAGGUUUGUGGUAAACGUUGAUGUUGGAGAUGUUUGAAUGGGUUGAAAACGAGGUAGAAGAAGAAUAAGUAGAGGAAUAAAGAAAUUAAAAGAUGUCUACCUGUUGUAAAUCCCCUUGAUUGGACACAAUUAGGAAAGGCACACGAUUCCAACCUAUAUUAGAGUUCACAGCUGACACUCUUGUGUCUGUCAGACCAUAAACCAAGC